AUGGCGGCUGUCGAUGUCGACGUCGGCUACAUCGCAGGCCAUCUUGGCCUUGACCAGCCUGUGGUGGCUACUCUGACGACGCAGCCCACGGCUGACCUGGUUGCUACUCUGCUGCAAGCCGUGGCUACCAAGGCGCACGAGUUUGAGACUUUGUACGCCGAAAAGCUUCAGACCGACAUUGAACUAGAGAAUGCAGUUCGAAACUCAGAGACCAAAUCCCAGACCUUCAAAGGCACCGCCGAAAAGGCUCUCAAGGACGUGGAAGAAGCUCGACAGCGCCUCAAAGAGGAGGAAACGAAACGCCAGUCGCUAGAGAACGAGCUUCAAAGUCUGAAAGCCAAGUACUCCGAUCAUGAUGCCGAAGUCAAGGCACUCAACGACAAGAUUGAGACGCUCCAGUCCUCGAACCGAACCAAUCUUAGCAUCAUCGAAUCCAAUAACAAACGCGACCAGACCUUGACUGAGGAGCUCACCAAACAGCACCAGCGAAAUGUCGAGCUCUCUCGCGAAGUAACCACCCUCCAACAGUCGGAGCAAAACGCCAAGGGACAGCUGAAUAGCGCCAAGUACCGACAGGAGGCACUUCAGCAGCAACUUGAUCUGGCCCGUCAAAAUGCCGAAUGGCUCGAGACGGAGCUGAAGACCAAGAGCGAUGAGGCCCUCAAGUACCGCAAAGAAAAGGGCUCCAAGAUUGCCGAGCUUCAGAGACAGAACGAGGACGCCAAGGCCCAGAUCGACGCUUUUAAGCGCUCCGAACAGCAGCUGCGCGAACGACUUGAUGCUAUGCAGGCCAAGGCUGACGAUGCUCUCGUGAAAUUGCAAAAGCAGGAGGGCUCCUUUGCGGCUACUGUCGAGAGCUACAAGCAAGAACUAGACGACCAACGACGCCUUGUUGAGAUGUCCGAGCAGCUAAGCAAGAAACACCAGGAUCGCGUGCGAGAAUUGGAGUCUGAGAAGGAGCGCCUCAAAGAUAAUUACGAAAACGAACUUCGCCGUGUGCGCCUGGAGCUGGAAUCAGAACGUCGUGUUACUGGCGAGAUGGAGGAGCGGAUUCGACGACUUGAGAGCGAUCUGGAUGAGGCCCAAGUUCGUAUGGAGCACGCUGCUCCGGCGUCAUCGGUGCCGCAUACCCCCCAACUGAAUGGCUCAGCCUUCGGGCGAGCCAACUCUCCAUUUGGAACCCCUGGUUCUAGUCGAAACAAGUCGACCAUUACUGCUACACAGGCAAUUGAGCAGCUUUACCAGGUCAAGGGUCAACUCGCCAGCGAGAAACGGCGAAACCAGCAGCUCGCUGAAGAGCUUGAUGGCAUGAUUGCUGCCUUGGAAGCCAAGACGCCAGAAAUUCAGGAGCUUCAGUCCGAAGCCGAGACUCUUCGAAAUGAGAUUGCGCACAUGUCUGAGUUGUCACAGCAGAGUUUCGAAGAGCGGGAUGCGGCGAGAAAGGCGGCAAGGAAGGCAGAAAGCACGCUUGCUACUGCACAGUCUGAGAGCAAGAUCCUACGCACGCAGCUGCGGGACUUGGGUACACAGAUCCAGAUGCUUGUCUUCAACAUCUAUGCCAUCGAAAGGGGCAUGGAUCAGCUAACGGAAGAGGAAAAGUACCGCCUGCAGCAGCUCGAGAAGGGCGAGAUCACUGAGGAGGCCUUGUCCGACAUGUCGGAUACUCAUCAGUUCAUCACCCAAAAGUUGGUCGUCUUCAAGGACAUCAAGUCACUACAGGCUAAGAAUGAGGACCUCCUGCGCAUCACCCGGGAACUCGCCGAGCAGAUGGAAAGCGAGGAAGCCUUGGCCGCCAAGCACCAGGCCAAGGAAGACCACGACUUGGUUGAGAAACUGCAGCAGGACCUCACCCAUAUGAUGGAAGAGAUCAAGUCUGCUAAAAUCACCAUGGAAAGCUACAAGAUGGAGCGUGACAUGUUCCGGCGCCUUCUUCAGCAACGCGGCGCAGGCGAGGAACAUUCUUCCCUCAUGCGCCAUUCCAUCGCUGGCCAACUGCCAAUGGGCAGCAUUGAGUCUGUGGAGCAGACCGAGACUCUGACAGAAGCCCUGCGUAAGAUUCAGGCAGAGUACGACAGCUUCAGAGACGCCCAGGAUGGUGUACGGAAGGACUUUAGAGAUCAAAUCGAUCACCUGUCAUCGGAGAAAAACGCACUCCAGACGGCCAACAUCAAGCUACAAGGUGAGGCUAGGCUGGAAUUUGAACGACGGGAGAUGCUGCAAAGCAACUACGUCGCCCUUCAGACCGAAAAUUCCGAGCUCCAAAAGAGAACCCAGAUUCUUUCCGAGACGGCCGCCAAACAGGACAUUAGGACUCAGCAAGUGGCGGAGGAGCUUAUUGAAGUCAAAGGUCUUCUGGAUAGCAUGCGAAACGAGACAGCUAAUCUCAAGGCGGAGAAGAAGCUUUGGAAGGAUAUCCAAGAGCGCAUGAGCAAGGACAACGACUCUUUGAUUGAGGAGAAGAACAGACUGGGCAACCUCCUAACGGCUCAGCAAUCCCUGGAAAAUGAACGCAACAUCACCGAAUCCGAGGCUCGCCGCAAAGCUCAGACGAAGAUUGAAACCUUGGAACUGGAGCUAAGCACUGCGCAGAAGAAGCUGUCUCAAGCCGUAGAGGACGCUCAGCACCUGCAGCAGAGGAAGGAAUACGAGGCAAAGGAAUCUCAGAAGCGGAUUGAUGAUCUCAUGGCCAGCCUGAGUCAACUCCGAGAGGAGCACGUCGGCAUCAAGACGUCCCGCGACCAUCUUCAAGCUCGUGUUGAUGAGUUGACUGUAGAGCUUCGAAGUGCCGAAGAGCGCGCUGGUCGCCUACAGCCCCGUCCCACGCCUCGGCCGGGUCUCAUGACGGAUACCAACGUGCGCCAGCAAGAGCUUGAAGCUGAGAUUCAGGAUCUCAACAAUGAUAUUUCGGACCUGAAGCGUGACCUCGACAUGGCCAACACGCAGUUGGAGAAUGCAAAGGCUCAAGCCGAGCAGUACAAGGAGCUCAGUCAGGGCAACGAAGAGGCUUUGGAAGACUUGCGGGCCUCACAAGACGAGUACCGCCAGGAGAUGGAGAUUCUCAUUCAACAAAAGGAUGCGAGAAUCAAGGAGCUAGGCCAGCAGAUUGAAGAUUUGUCUGCUGAACUCUCUCGAUCGAACACCGAAUUAUCCACUAUCCGGGACUCUCAAGGAGAGGUUGCGCGCAAGUAUGAAGAUGAGAAGACGAUACUAGAGGAGGAGAUCAAGCGACUCAAGGAAGAAAGCAGUCGGCACAUUGAAGCUGCCCGAUAUCAUCAGCAGGAUCUUCGUGCUCAAGCCGAGAUUGCUUCGAAAGCUCAACAGGACUAUGAGAAGGAGCUAGUUAAGCAUGCGGAAGCCGCCAAGCUGGUUCAGGAGCUGCGCAAUGAGUACAAUGAAUACAAGCGGGAGUCCGCAUCACUGCGCGCGGAAGCAGAAUCUGCCAAGGUCACGCUCGCGCAAAGUGAGAGCUCCUGGGAAGACCGAAGACAGCAGCUGGAGCAGGAGAUGGCCGAACUCAAACAACGGCGCGAGGAUGCCAACGCGCAAAACAAGCUUCUACACCAGCAACUCGAAAGCUUGACCAGCCAGAUUUCAGCUAUGCAGCAAAAGCGCAGCGAUAUUGCUGAUGCGGAUGAAGCCAUGUCGCCCGUUGGCGUGGGCGAUGCCAUCGAGGGCAUGCGAGAGUUGAACGGAUACUUGCGUCGCGAAAAGGAGAUUCUGGAGGUCCAGUACGAUAUGAAGACCAACGAAUCCAAGCGACUGCAACAGCAAGUCGAGUAUUUGCAGUCACAGUUGGAUGAGACGCGUCUGAAGCUCGAUCAAGAACGCCAAGCUUCGCAAAGCGGCAACACUUCCAUGGCUCACAAGGAUCUGAUGGAGAAGCUGCACGAGCUCAACCUCUAUCGUGAGAGCAGCAUGGCUCUUCGAACGGAAAACAACCAACUCAAGGACCAGAUCACCGAGAAGAACAAGAAGAUUGAUGAGAUGACGCAGAAGAUCCAGCCUCUUGAGACUGAGAUUGACAACUUAAACACACAGAAAUCGUUCUUGGAAGAAGAGAUUAAGCAAAUCCAGGAGGAUCGCGAUCGUUGGCAGAAGAGGACCGAGGGCAUCCUGACCAAGUAUGGUCGCGUUGACCCGGCCGAGAUGGAGCAGCUGAAGCAGACAAUCACCGACCUUGAAAAGGAGCGGGAUGCUCUCAAAGAGGGCGAACAGCCGCUGCAGACCAAGGUUGCCGAGCUUGAGUCGGUCCUUGAGACUGAACGAGCCAACUGGUCAAAUACUCGAGCAAAACUCACGGAGCAGUUCAAGGAACGAUCUCGAAAGAUUACCGGCGAGAAGAACGAGGCUAGCCAGCGAGCCAACAGCUUGCAGGAGCAGCUUGACAAGGCCAAUGGCACCCUUGCUGCCACCAAAAAACAAGCAGAGCAGUUUAAUGAGGAGAGGGCGGAGUUGCUGAAGCAAAUUCAUUCCUUCCAGCAGCAGGUCGAGGAGCUUCGCCGACAAGCACAGCAAACACAACCUCUCGCUGCACAGCCACCUGCUCAACAGCCACAAUCUGACACAUCGGCAUCGUCAGAAGUUGUUGCUGUACUGGAGCAGCGUCUCACCGAUGCGCGAAAGGAGCUGGAGGCAGUCAACGCCCAGAAACUAGGAGCGGAGCACCAGCUCGAGAGGCUGCGGAGCGAGCUACAGACGGCUGCCUCGGAGCGUGACAGCGCGCUGCUGAAGCUGCAGGAAGCCACCGCUGCGGCGCCGUCUUCUACUGAUGCUGUAUCUACUACAGUGCCGGAGACCGGAGAGGGCCAGCCCGCUGCGAAUGGUUUGCCAGAUGCCGAGAGGAAAGUGCUGGAAGGCAAGGUUGCUGCGGCCGAGGCAAAGGCGGCCGAGUUUGAACAGAAGGCGAACGAAGUUGAAGCCAAGAUCCAGCAAACGAUUAAGGAACGGUCGGAUAGGAUGAAGGACACACUGAACAAUAAACUCAAAGAGAGCCGUGCUAAGCUGGAGGAGGAGUUCAAGAGGAAAGACGAUGACCUCAAGCUUCGUUUCGAGCAAGAGAAGCUGAUCUGGCAGGCUGAAAACCCCUCCAAGGCAGCCCCUGCAAAGGAAACUCCAGCUGCCGAGCAGCAACCCCCGAGUACCCCAGCCAAGGCGGAAGCGCCUUCGGUAUCGGCUACUCCAGCUGCAGGCGGGCCUCCUGACCUCUCUCAGUUAGACGACUCGUCGAUUAGGCAGUUCCUGGCUUCCAACACGACUGUCAAAAACAUUAUCGCGGCCAACAUUCGCAAGAAGAUGGAUACAGAGAGCGCCAAGAUCAAGGCCGAGUAUGAAGGCAAAAUCACGGCGGCGCGCGAGCAGGCCCAGCUCAUGGAGUCAAAGAAGUCCACUCUACGAAUUAACAUGGCUGAGAACAAACUGAGGACUGCAACGGCAAAACUGGGGGUGGUUGAGACAGCCGCGAACGAGACGCCGCAAAAGCCUGUCGUGGAAGUCUGGGAGGUUGCCAAGUCUACUCAGGCUCCUGCGCCGGCACAAGCAGCAGCCAAAGCCCCGGCUCCGGCCUCAGCCGCAAACACGCCAGUGAGGCAACCGUCCAUCUCUGGCAGCAUGCCUAUUUCAACUGCUGGCCCCCCUGCUGGAGCCCCGGCGGCUACUCAGGCUGCUCGGCCUGCACUAGCACCUUUGGUAGCAACAACUCCUUCACAAGCGGCUACACAACCUCCACCUGAGCCCAAGGCUGCGGAUUUGACUGUACCUGCAACUGGCGGAAACCAACCUCCCCAGGCUUCAAAUCCAUUCGCAGUGCCUGCGGCUACGGCUGGUGCCAGUGGUUCUGGUAUUCCCAACCCGUUUGCGAAGCCGGAGACUGCCAAUGCUCCGGCGGCCCAACCUGCGCAGCCACAACAACAAGCACAACAGGCAUCGCAAUUGCCACAGCCGCCGCAGCUGCCACAGAUUCCACCACAACCCCAGCAGCAGGGACAGAUGCCAGUGCGAUCCGGCAUCCCAAUGCCUCGGGGCGGCGGGCGUGGGCGCGGAGGAGCAUACGUACCUCCUAGCCAAAGGGCGGCUGGCGGUAACGAAGCUGGACAGGCCCAUGCUGGCCGUGGCGGACGCGGAGGUGCUCGAGGAGGUCGUGGCGGCAUGAAUGCAGCUGCUACUGAGUUCCAGCCCGGAGCGAAGCGUCCAAGAGGCGAUUCAGAAGCCGCCAGUGCUGGAGCAAAGAGAGCAAGGGGAGCUCACUAAGCUCAACGAAGGAAUGGCAACGGGUAGAUUAUUGGGACAAGGCUUGCAAUGUAUAAUGAAUGGGAGGAUGGACUCUCAAUCCAUCUAAUCAAUGAUUUGCCGUGUUAUUGGUGGGGAAAAGAUUAAGACAUAAAAUGGAUACGGAGAGGACUUUGGGGAUGCAUUGCUGUAUUCAUAGCAUUAUUAUUAGUUAAACUCGGGCACUUUUCUUUUCG